AUGUCCCAGUACUCAAACGUUAUCAAAGGUGCUUUAAAACUGAAGACGGAAGGCAGGAUAACAAAGAAGUCUAAGAAGCGUGCUCUCAAAUCCAGUGAGAAACGAGAUCCUAAUAAAGACAUGCUAGAGGAUAGAAGUGAGGCAAAGAUCACGAAGACUGCUGCAGAGGUGGAAUUUGAGAAGAAGAAAGAAAAAAGGAUGAUGGAAAGGAUUCUGACAAAGGCGGAAAAGUCACACAAGCAGCGAAUCAUGGAGUUCAAUGAACAUCUAAAUUCCAUGAGUGAGCAUUUUGAUAUUCCUAAGGUGUCGUGGACGAAGUGA